AUGGUUGCUCGGAGAGUUGAGAUGAAAUAUCCAGCAACAUUUGGCCCCCGUUUCCUUGCUGUAUGGUACAUGAAACAGUCCAUCUCGCGAAGCUUCGAGCUUGAGGCCGACUCAUUGAGCUACGGUCUUCAUCUCGCCACCGAGGUCCUUCGAGAUCAAUGGAUCAACAGCGAGCAGGACGUCGUAGCGGAAGAUUUAGGGAGGUUGGAGCAGAAAAAGACGCCGAACUCGAGGGCUCGGAGCGGAAGCGCCCGCAUGGGAUUCCUUAUGUUCACUGCGGUUGCUGAUGAGAACCCCCUCGGCCUCCUGAUCACAGGCCAAAACUCAGCCCAGAUAGACUUUUUGCAAUGCAUCCAUAUUCCCUGUGUUCUCGAUCUGCCUAAAGAAUAUAGGGGCACAGAGCCCCGCAUCCGCGCCCAUAUCGCCAAGCAAAACCCCCAGGUAAAGGCUAUGAUUAAAGCCGUCGACGAAAAGCCACCAAAUAUCCUGGAGCUCGGCAACGAUAUCUUAGUACUUUUCAACGGAAAGCACGAUCAUUAUAACUAUUCUGCCGUUCAGGUAUACGGCAAACUGUCACUAUAUUAUAAUUCGAAGACCCUCAAGGCUGGGGCCUUCCUCGCCCAACAGAUUCACGACUUAUCUCAACACACCGAAACAACAAUCAUAGGCUAUACCGGUGGUAAUAAGCCGCAGCCAUGGACGGUUUCUGAAGCUCCAGAAUCCUACACCGACUUUCUCAAGCGCAACAUUAUAGGAAUUGAGGUCAAAAUCACCAAAAUCGAGGGCAAGUUCAAGAUAAGCCAGGAAAUGCAACCAGAUAAUCGCAAGGGUGUCGCUGAAGGUUUCGCGAAGAUAGGUACCGAGACUGGAGCAGCGAUUUCAGAACUCGUCAGGGAAAGAGCGGAAUUGAGCGACUUAAAGAAAAAUGUUACGAAAGCCAGCCAAUAG